AUGCCUCCCAGACUACAGACGCUGCAGCGUUUAGGGGGCAACAGCAGCCUAUGCCUCCGACCGGCUGCGACAUCAUUCACGACACCCAAGUUCCUCCCCAUCACCCAGACCGCCAAUCUCUCCCAGCGUGAGAAGAAGCGCAAGGCUAAGCAGGACCCCUACGCGUGGGCCCAGGCUCAGCAGCGCAAGAAUGCCAACCUCGACCGGCGCGAGGAGCUACGGCGGCAGCGCCAGGGCGAAGGGUGGAACGACCCGGUAAACGGCAGGGUGACGCCCUUUAUCGAGUCUCUCGAUUCGGCCGGCCAGGCGCGUUACAGCAGGAGCGCUGCGGCAUCGGCAUCGGCAGCAGCAUCAGCAGCGGCGGCGGCGACCGGGUCUGCGGAGGGCGGAGCCGGCAACCUGCAGCAGCAACAGCUGCAGGAGCUUCCCCGGGCGCCGGGUAUGCGCAACUUCUUCUUGACGGACUCAGAGCUGGACGAGGCGACCAAGCACGCCUACACGCUGACCAAGCCGGUCGUGGGCGUGGUGGAGUCACAGAUGGGCUCGGCCUCGGAGGCAGACCUCCUGCGCCUGCACGAGGAAAAGCACGCGCGGGCCGUCGAGGCCAUGAAGCGCAUCACAUCGUUGGCCAACGCCAGCGCCAAGCACCGGUACCACGCCAACGUGCAGCGCGUCAUCGCCGAGUUCGGCCGCCACUCGACGGACAAGGUCCUCGAACCCAGGCCGCGCUCCGUUCACGCCAGCUCUGACCCCAAGGUCCCCCGCGCCGGGCCCGACACCGGCUCCUCCGAAGUCCAGAUCGCCAUCCUGACCACCAAGAUCCGCGCCCUCUCCCAGGCCCUCAAGGUCAACAGGGGCUACAAGGACCGCGCCAACAAGAGAAGCCUCGAGCUCCUCGUCCACAGGCGCCAGAAGCUCCUCAAGUACAUGGAGAGGAAGGAGAGGGGUAGCGGUCGCUGGAACAACAUGGUCGAGAAGCUCGGCCUCACAGAGGCCAUGUGGAAGGGCCAGGUCACCACCCUGUCCAAGUGA